UUUUUCAUAAAAUGUUUUCUUUCAGAGUUAGAAAUCAACCAUGUAUGCAGUUUUUACCAAUGCAAUUUAAGAGAACAUCUUUUUUGUCUUAUAAUGUAAAAAGAUUUUGUUUGUGUUGAAUUUCAAACAAUACAAUGCAGUGGGUCCAACAAAGCUACAAUGGCUGAGUCCCCAAAAUAUAAACACCACACAAAGGUUAGUUUAUGGUUUUUAACUGCUUGGCUGCCAUUAAUUAAUAGAAAUAACCACAUGGGAUGUGUCGCACUGUGUGCAAUGGAUCCUUAACCAGUUUUUUUUUAAAUCAACUUUAAUAAUUUAUUGGAAUGGACGUGUAAUCAAGGUUGACCUUGAAGGAUGUUUUGAAACAAGAAAAACAGACAACCAAUCUCUAUUUAUCAUACUCAAAAAUAGCCAGUAGGUGUCGCACAAAGUUCAGGUGUAAGGAUGACAAUAGGCGUACGGAGCUUCAGCCACUUAACUCUUUAUGAAUAAUAUCCGCAUACUUUUUCAUCAAUCCAUUUUUUUUUCAUCUUAUCGUCGCUGUUUGAUCCGCUUAAUUUUAAGUGUUGUUUUUACUGGACUCCAACAACGACCAGCAAACGCUCGCUGCGGAUAUUCAGUAAACGAUGGAUGGACGUUUUCUGAACCUUCAGUAGAUGAUCGGAUGGAUAUUUAAAAAAUAUCAAAAACUGGGUUGGUACGCCUCAGCAGGAUAUCGGACGUCCCAUCAAUUUGUGGAUUUCUGAAGCCGUUAAAUCAGAGGACCGGGGCACAGACCUGACCUCUUCGCAGCAAUAAAAAAAAAAAAAAAAAAAAAAAAAAAAGCAGUAAAACCUGCUGCGAGCCGCUGUCAGAUCGACCGCUCCAUUUGCGCAACUGCACAUCCCUCCAAAUCAAAGACAGAAGGCUGCAGCAGAAACGAAAAGCUGCCGGAGCUGCCGCAGAGAAAGGUGGAGGAGAGUGCAGCGGACCCAGAGGGAUGCGUCUUCACUUGAAGCAACGAUAGGAGUAGAGGGGGAAAAAAGCAGCGAGAAGACAGGGAUAUUCAUUUGUUGUUGCUUGCAUCAGCAGCAGACAAGGAGAUGAUGAUGGUGAUCAUGGUCGGAAGGGGAUGUUGCAAGCCCAGGAUAGGAAAGCGCGGAAACAGGACGGGGAUCUUUCCGUCCCUGUGCGGGAUCCUGGCGUGCGCCGCGGUGCUCGCGCUGCUCUUCCUGGACAUCAUUGAGACGUGGGUCACCUCGAUGGGCAUGAGCAGGGCGGUGGAGCCGCAUGUCGCCAUCGUCUCGCCCCAGAGCCUACCCCCCUCCAGACCUGAGGAGUUCCUGCUCAUGCCCAGCCCGCUUGUGUGCCAGCGCGCCAAGCCUUUCCUCAUCACCAUAGUGACCUCAGCACCUGCCAAUCAGCGGGCUCGCCAGGCCAUCAGAGACACCUGGGGCGGACAGAUGGAGGUACGGGGCCUGCGGGUCAUGACCCUCUUCAUGGUGGGCGUGGCCUCUGACCCCGGCCUGGGAAAGCUGCUGAUAGAAGAAGCCAGGGAGAAAGGGGAUCUGAUUCAGGGCCGGUUCUUGGACUCCUACACCAACCUUACCCUGAAGACCCUGGCCAUGCUGGGCUGGGCCCGUAGGUUCUGCUCUCAAGCUCACUUCAUGGCCAAAGUGGAUGAUGACGUCUUCUUCAAUCCCAGCGUUCUUCUGCAUUUCCUAAACAAAAGCCAGAACCCUUACGAGCAAGGGGACUUGUACCUGGGUAGAGUCCAUCUCCAUGUGGCCCCAAACCGCGACCCAGACAGCAAGCACUACCUCCCAUCAGGGGCCUACCCGUUGUCUGUGUUCCCCGACUAUUGCAGUGGUACAGCCUACGUCUUUUCUCGCUCUGCAUUGCUCAAAGUUGCCCUUGCAGCAUCAGCAUCGCCUCUGUCCACUCCUUUACCCCCCGAGGAUGUGUUUGUCGGCCUCUGCGCCUACGCUGCUGGGGUGCGGCCCUCACAUUGCCCUCUCUUCGCCGGGGGUCCACCUGUGCCAUACGGACGCUGCUGCUAUCAAGCUAUGGUGUCCGUCCACCAAAUCACACCCAAGGAGAUGCUGGACUACUGGAAAGAUGUCCAUUCAUCCCCCACCUGCUCCUGGCUGAAUCAGCGAGCUUCUCUGGGGAUGUGCAAAGUCAGGGCGAUGCUGGGCUCAGCCCUGGGCCUGGAGAAAUGACCGUGACUGCUAUUAGGAGGUUAUAGGACUCACUGGCGCUCUGCCUCGCACAACUGUUCUACAAGCUGUGAAUCUACCUGCACUGAUAGCAUUUAGGCUAAUUGUCAUCAUUAGAGCUUUAUUUUUAUAAGAACGUUAAUUUAUUUAUUCAUUUUUUCCCCCCCUCAGAAAACAGGAUAAUUUCAGGUUUUCUAAGUCUUUGUCUCACAGCAUCUAGCUUUGACAACAUACAGCUGAGAAACAAAUGUAAGCAUGCUGCUUAUACAACUGCUCAGUGGCGGCUGGCCAGUAGGGGGCGCUUGGGCGCCGCCCCCUUUAAAUUGUUUAGAUAAUAAAUGAUUUCUAUUCUGAACUGCAAAAUACUUAGAAAUGUAUUUAUUCAUACUGUGUGUCCAAUAGACAUGUUAGAAUUUAUUAAAAUAGUAAAUACAUAAUUCUAAUUGCUCACAUUGUGCACACUUCCUAUGUGCAGGGCGCCGUCCUAAUGAGUGUGUAUGUAGGCGCAUCAACUUUUGGCAAGCAGGUGAUCUGAGGCUGACUUUUAAUUGGUUGUUUAAGGUUUUCCACAGGGCGCAGCGCUCUGCGUCCCGGACACACCCAUUUUGUUGUGUCAUUACUGGUAGAGCGUCAGUACUGGCUAAUUUUUUUUAAAACAUUGUGUGAUUGGACAAUCCCCGAUUCGACUCAUUAGCGCAGCUGCAGUUCGUUAGGUCGAUUCACGUUUACGUUUGCAUUAAGCAAUGCAUUUUACUGCUUUCCGUGUUUGCUAUUUCAAAGUUCUGGCACGGAGGCAAUGUGGACAACAACUGGGGUAAAAGACUUAAAACAUCUUUCAGAAAAAUGCAAACGGCACGAAAACAGCCGCAGCCACCUAGACAAUGCAAUGAAGCUAAGUUUUUGGGGGAAACUUAGCAUAGCUGAAAGGUGCUUUUCAACUCUGAAAAGCAUCAAGACUUUUCUGAGAAACUCAAUGACUCAGGACAGGCUGAAUGCAUUGGCCAUGUUGUCAAUGGAGAAAAGACUAGUCACAGAGAUGACUGACUUUAACAAGAAUGUAAUUGAGAAAUUUGCAGGGCAGAAGGAAAGGAGGGCAAAAUUCAUGUUCAAAUAGUGCUAUUUUUUAAGAUUUGUUUUGUUUGUUUUUCAUUUGUUUGUGUGCGCCCCCCUCAGUUUUUUUAGCACCAGCCGCUACUGCAACUGCUCAUGAUGAAUGCACAUAGGAGAACUGCUUUCAGACUCCGACAUCUGAGUCUGAUAUCAAAACGCCAAGACAAGCAGUCUGUUACAAGCUGCUUUAAUUUAGAAUUUAGUCUAAAAGCCUAAAUGCAUGUAUUGCUAAAAUAAUACCAUUAGAUUCAGUUCCAUCAAACAACACAAAUGAAGUUCACUGGAAAAAUACUGCAAAAUAGAAGUUUAAUUUAUAACCCUUAUGACACUUAAAUGGUGGCACUUAGCAGACUGAUAAAAAGUGAGGUUUAAAUGAUCAGUUUCUGUGACUGAAAGUGAUUAAUCUAAUAGCUAUCUCACAAAUGAAGAGCAGCACUAUACUGUUAACAGUGAAAUAAUUUCACUAAGGAUGCGCUACAAUUUUGGCGUGCCUUGUUAAUAAAAAUAAAUGUUUAUUAUGAACUGUAAUAUGAACAGGAUGUAUACAAUUCCUGAGUGUUUUUCUGUCUUCUUUUUCUCACUCAGGAAAUGUAUGAAUCAAAUUCUGGCACCAAUAAAGGAUCACAUGUGAGAUAAAA